AUGGCGCCGCCCGCGAAGCGACGCAAGCGCGCCAUCGUUGAGAGUGACGAUGACGAGUACAUGGACAAUGGCCCACAACAAAAGGCAGAACAUCAAUACAAAGACAAUACCCUGACCCGGUUUCUUUCUCUAUCUCCCGAGAAAAAACCACCAUCAACAACCGCCAGUGUCCCAGUCGACCCGUCCAGCCCGCAGCCGCGAAAACGAGCUGCCGCCGCCGUCAAAACGACCAAAGCGACCACACGAAGCCCAAAUACAAGCCCAAUCAAGACCCGAACAAGGGCCACACAGCAACGGAAGCGCAAGGCCGAGGAAGAUGACAAGGAGAAAGGCGGGAAGUCUGGUAAUCUCUUGACAUUAUUCUCCCAGCAAGCACAGAGAAGUCAGUCGUCCCUGCACAGUAAUGGCCACGGUACCUCCAAAACAAACAAGACUGCCAAAGCGAUAGUGGACGACAUUAUUAGCGACCCCAUAUCCGUAUCAGACAAGGACGACAUCAUUGAUGACGAUGACGACAACAUUCCUCUGAUCAGGUCGUCUGCCACGGCCGCCCCCUCGAGUCUGGCCAGCAGAGCCAAAGCCGCGCAGAAACGAUUUGCUUCAACAGCACCCUCGAACACACAGCAAACUAGCACGCAAAGCGCUGCUGGUACUCUAUCGAGCAAUACUGGAGGCAGACGAUUCCUUCGGCCGGCCCCGCGGAGCAAUGGCUCUCAGUCAUCGACUCUUGCUUCCACCCCUGCUACCAUCCCGGAUGGUAAUGACUCCCGUCCAUGGCCUGAACGGUUCGCGCCAGCCGAUCUCGAUGAGUUGGCUGUACAUAAGCGCAAGGUGCAGGAUGUUCGACGCUGGCUGGACGAUGUUUUUUCUAAUCGCUUGCGUCAGCGCUUGCUGGUGCUUAAAGGCCCCGCUGGGUCAGGCAAGACAACUACAGUGCGGCUGCUUGCACGAGACAUGCACUGUGAAGUGUUAGAAUGGAGAAAUCCAGCUAGUUCAUUUGGUGCUGUGGGUAUGGCUGGAUACCAGUCGGCUGCUGCGCAGUUCGAAGAGUUUUUGGGACGGGGUGGGAAGUUUGGCCAGUUAGAUUUGGAAGAUGAGGAGGAGUCUCCGCUUCCUCCUGCUUCUUCUUCAGCCACAGCAGCAGCAGGGCCGGGGUCCGGGUCAGAGAAGAAGCUGAUUCUCAUUGAGGAAUUUCCGAAUACCUUCAUGCGCUCGUCCACUGGAUUGAUUGCCUUCCGGAGUGCAGUGAUGCAAUAUCUGGAAGCCAACACACCCCCGAUGACAAGCUUCGGGUUUGGACAACCAGCGGGUCCUAUCACACCUAUCGUUAUGGUCGUUUCGGAAACACUUCUCACGACGACGUCGGCUUCAGCUGACAGCUUUACUGCACACCGUUUGCUCGGCCCUGAGAUCCUCAGACACCCCGGAACGGGUGUGAUCGAGUUCAACCCCAUCGCGCCAACAUUCAUGACCAAGGCACUUGAGCUCGUGGUGCAAAAAGAGGCCCGCAAAUCUGGGAGAAAGCGGACCCCUGGUCCUCUCGUCCUACAGCGGCUGGCAGAAAUUGGCGACAUCCGAAACGCCAUUUCAUCCUUGGAGUUUCUGUGUCUCAAGGGCGAUCACGAAGCUGACUGGGGCUCCAAGGUUGGAUUCUCAAGACCAAAGAGAGGAGCCAAGGAUCUUCCGGCACUCACCAAGGGUGAACAAGAGAGCCUUGAGCUUGUAUCGCAGCGAGAGGCGACCCUGGGCAUAUUCCAUGCCGUGGGGAAAGUAGUUUACAACAAAAGGGAGGAGUUCCCUUCGGGCUCUGUGGGGGAACAGACGGAGAGGACUCUACCCCCAUACAUGGUUCAUCUGGCCAGGCCCAAACGCUCCGAGGUAGCAGUCGAUUCGUUGAUGGACGAGAUUGGAACCGACACGCACACAUUUAUCUCGGCAUUGCACGAGAACUAUGCUCUGUCAUGUGAACAGACCGGCCCGAUGGACCCCAAUUCCUCGCUCGACUACCUCAAUGGCUGCCUUGACUACCUCUCGGAUAGUGACAUGCUUUGUCCGUCAUGGGAUGUAUUUUUCGGUGGCAGAGGCGGUUUUGCAGGAAACGCGGGCUAUUACGGCAAGGACAUGGGAAGCCACAUCUUACGGCAGGAUGAGAUGGCAUUCCAGGUUGCCGUACGUGGGUUGUUGUUCUCAUUGCCGUCACCCGUCAAGCGUUUGGCCCACCCCACCGGCCGCGGAGGUGACGCCUUCAAAAUGUUCUACCCGACCUACCUCAAGCUCUGGCGUACCAAGGAAGAGAUAGAGGGUCUUGUAGAUGUGUGGGCGACCAAAAUGCUUAAGGGCGAAGUCGGCGGUCCAGGCCCGCCGCCGUCUCAAUACUCCCAGCUCACCGGCCCAUCUGCAUUCCUUUUCAAGUCUCCAAGCAAGAGAUUUCCCAACACUGCGUUAGCUCACCAUCCCAAGCCCCAGCCACCCACCGUUGUUACCGCAGUCACCAGCGACCAUGUCCGACACUCUCAACCCCCACCUCCGCUCUCCCUCGGCACUGCUGCCCGGCAGGAGCUGCUCCUCGAGCGGCUGCCAUACAUGACGCACAUCGCACGGCGCCGCCGAACGUAUGGGACGACACAUACUCGCGAGCUGGAGCGUAUUGUCUCGUUCCAUGGCAUCGGGACGCUUGGUGCGGGAGAGGAGGAAGGAGAGGAAGCGAUCGCGGAUGAGGAGGCUACGGGCACCGGCUUGGUCGCGGGGAGUGUGUCCGAGGUGGUCAGCUGGGCAACGGAUCGCCCUGUGGAGGAGCCCCCGCCGAGGAAGAAGGGCGGAUUAGUUUCUAUCUUGAGGGGUAGUGAUGAUGGCCUGGGGUGUCUGUCGAUGCAGGGGCUAGUUAUUAGUGAUGAUGACAUUGAGGACGAUUGA